ACAAAAAUGAUGGUGGGGUCUCUUUAGGAUUUUUAGGGAGAUAGUGUUAGGCAACCCUUAUUGGUGGCAGGAGUAUAUUAUUGCUCAAGGUAGGAGGAGUGAGAGGUUAGAACAACUCAAGUCUAGAGAGGGAACCAAAAGGGAAAAAUAACAAAAAUAAUAGACACAGCUCUUUUCUUCUUAUUCCAAUCUUUUUUCAUCUGCUGAUUCCUUCUUAGAAUCAUUUGGAUCAGCCCUGUCCCCUUGCUGGGUGGUUUCUGUUAUAGUCAAGAACUCUUGCUUGCUUGGUCUCAAGUUCAGUUUCUUGAAGAGGUACUUUGAAAGCCUUGGGAACUGCGUUCGGAAGUGCAGUAAUCUGAAGUUCAUCGUCCCAGAUCCUAUUUUUGCAGCUUUCAUGGCACCAGUCUGAUGACAAAAUCAAUCACUAUCUCUCGUCACCACUCUGAUGAUCCAUCAGCUGGUCUCAUCUUCUGCUUCUGAAGAGGAUGGCCACAUUCUUCUCCGCUUCCACCGAUCAGAGGGACCUCGCCGGCGGCGGCGACAUGUCGUUCCACCACUACACCACGUCCAAUCCGUACUCGGACUCACCAACCGGCGGUCUGAUGCCUUUCCCCGCCACCAUCGUGUCUGAAGGCCACGUCGCGCAUGGCGGCGACGGCAGGGACGAGUCGGCCUCGUUCGUGAACGCGCGGGACGGGCCAACGAGCGGCGCCGAGAUGGGCCUGCAGACGCAGCUGCUGAUGGCGAACGCGUCGGCGGCGCAGCACCAGGGCCUGUCGCUUAGCCUCGGCACUCAAGGCGUGCCCGUGUCUCUUUACCAGUACCGCCAGGCAGGCAUGGCAGCCGCCUCCUUGCUCAGCCCGGGCCAGACGACGACGGCGGGCCGGAACGCGCAGAGCAUCUACAUCCAGAACUCAAAGUACCUGAAGGCCGCGAGGGAGCUGCUCGACGAGGUCGUCAAUGUCCGGGACGCGAUCAAGCGCAAGGGAGACAAGAAUCAGAGCAAGGAUUCCGGCGAGGGCAAGGAUGCCGAGAAGAGCGAGGAGAAGGCCGACGAGCACGAGGGGAACUCCUCCGCCGAGCUGACGCCGUCGGAGAGGCAAGACCUUCAGAACAAAGUGUCGGCGCUGAUGGCCCUGCUGGAUCAGGUGGACCGGAAGUACAGGCACUACCGCAACCAGAUGCAGAUCGUCAUGUCGUCCUUCGACGCAGUGGCCGGCGCCGGCGCGGCGAGGCCGUACACGGCGCUGGCGCUGCAGACGAUCUCCCGCCACUUCCGGUCGCUGCGUGACGCCAUCGGCUCGCAGGUGCAGUCCUUGCGCCGGAGCCUCGGCGAGAAGGACACCUCCGCGCAGGGCGGCGGGCUGUCCCGGCUGCGUUACAUCGACCAGCAGCUCCGGCAGCAGCGCGCCAUGCAGCAGUUCGGCAUGAUGCAGCAGCCGCAGCACGCGUGGCGCCCGCAGCGCGGCCUUCCGGAGUCCGCUGUCUCCGUGCUCCGCGCCUGGCUCUUCGAGCAUUUCCUCCACCCGUACCCAAAGGAUUCUGAGAAGUUGAUGCUCGCAAGGCAGACAGGCUUGUCCAGGGGCCAGGUGUCGAACUGGUUCAUCAACGCGCGGGUUCGCCUGUGGAAGCCGAUGAUCGAGGAGAUGUACAAGGAGGAAUUCGGCGCGGAGAUGGACUCGCACUCGUCGUCGGAGAACGCGGGCAACAAGGGCAAGGACGAGGCGAUAUCUUCGGAGGAUCACGACGAGUUCCAGAGCCCGUCGAGCGCCGCGAAGCACGGCGCAGCAGUUGGCCACCUCAACGCGUUCAAGUCGGAGGCGAUCGGUGGCAUGGACGCGGGCGGCGUCGGCCUGUCCGGCCUCGCCGGAGGCGCCCUUGGCUCGUACACGACCAGCCUCAACCUCGGCGCCGUCGGCAACGGCAGCAGCAGCAGCAGCAGCCUCCUGCAGGACGCGCUCGCGCACCACCACGGCGACCCGAGGUUCGUGGCGUACGGCGACAUGGGCGGCCUCGGCGGCGGCUACGACGGCGGCAGCGUGUCGUUGACGCUGGGUCUGCAGCACUGCAACGACGCCGGCACCGUGCCGGCCGAACAGCAGGGCCUCCUGUACGGCAACGCCGGCGACUUCGAGUUCAUGAACGGCUCCGAGGACCGGCAGCGGUUCGGGCCGUCGCAGCUGCUGCACGAUUUUGUCGCGUGAGCGCGCGGCGAGCGCUUGGGGAAUAACGCGGACGCCGUCAGAAGCCUGGGAUGGCCGGCCGGCGCCGCCGCGGGUAUACGGUGGUCACAGUUCAGCUCAUCAUGGUACACGGUUUCAUCAAACAAGUAGUAAGAGUCUCUAAGUAUACGCAUAUAUAUACUGGUGAAGUAAGUGAGGUAGUAGUGGGCAAGGGGGGUAUACAAAAACUGUAUAUGAGGUGUGGUAAGUUGUAGGGUGCUGUAAAGGAUACUAGAUUGGUAUUUUUGGUAGCUUGAAGAUUCGUGUACUGAUGAUUCAAGUCCAUAUAUUAUAUGAUGUGUUGUUGGUCCAAUUGGACCUCAGUCCAUGCUUUCCUUUGGAGAUUGUAGACACAAAUGUUCCAUGUUCUGAAUUAUGGUACCAGUUGUUCAGUUCAA